AUGGAAAAAGAUAGCAGUGCGACUGUUAUUGACAAUUCCACAAUCUCAGACAGUAACCACAUCAAUGAUAACAAUGAAAAACAGAUACAAUCUGUUAAACUUCCAGAAGAUGAUAUUGAUUCCAAAAUAGCCGAUUUUAUGGCGGAGAUUGAACAAAUCGGCCUGGUAACAACCAAUUCUCCGUUAAAGAAAACAUCCGAAACGUCGAUUAUCACAACUGAUAAUUUGUGUCUACCAUCAAUUUCACCUAUACCACAACAAAUAAAUAAUUCUACUGAUGAAGAUAAUUACAUUAACAAUAUUCAAAAUGGAGAUUCAGCAAUGUUAGCAUCUUAUUAUCAACAGUGGCAACAAUGUUUUGAUAAAUCUUCUGGUUUAUACUAUUAUUGGAAUAAGGAUACAAAUGAAUGUACAUGGGAUUCUCCGUUUUAUAAUUAUCAACAAAUGAUGUUAACACAAGUUAAUGAAAUAUUUUCAAAAAAUAUUACAGAGAAAGUAAUCCAGAGUGAAGAAAAAGACGAAGAAAUUAAAGAAACCAAAGAUGACGAUAAUGAUGAAGAGCAGCUUGUUUAUGGACCAGAUACACUUCCAACAGACAAGAAGCAAAAGUCUGCAAACUUGAACAAACCAACAUUGAUGAAAUUAUCGAAAAAGCGUCAGUCGGUUGACAAUUUCACAAAACAAGAAAUAAAGAAAGUUAAAAGAUCAUUGAUUGUGGCAUCAUACGAUUCAGAUGAUGAGCAGUCGAUGAAUUCUGAGGAUGAUAAUGAAACAGUUGAUGAUCAGUUUGUUGAAGGAAUGCUUGAACAAACUUUAGAAUUGAAAAAUACCGACAGAACAAUGCAAAUUCAGUGUAGAACCGUGCUAGAAAAACUGCGUGCUUUAGAGACAAUCUGUGAUAUUAUUGAAAAGAAAAAUAAUAUUACUAACAGUCGAAUACAAUUAGAAGUUCGUUUUGAAGAUGUGUUAGCUGGAGUGUUGAAAAAGUCUUAUUUUUGUCAAAAAUUAGAAUUAGCUAAUGAACAAUUAAACGAAUAUGAAAAUGUGUCUGGAACAGAUGGAACAAAAUUAGUUUGGUCUAGUGAUGACAAAUCGUAUUCUUCUGUACAAAAAGUAGUUAGCGAGACGAAUAUUAGUGUAAAUAAUGAUCCAACCAUCUAUUUAUCUUUACCACCACCUCCACCACCUGCUGAACAAGCACCGUGUAAUAAUGAUGCGGAAGAUGAUGCAUUACAGAUGUUUUAUGAAAAUAUUGCACAAUUAGACUGUGAUAAAAAAAUAAUUGAUGGAGAUACAUCUCGAAUCGCUCUGUCAUCUCCAGGUCUGAUAUAUAUUCAACCGUCCUCAUCUGAUUCCGAAGUAAAAUUGACCACGAACAUCGAAACAAAAACAGUCAAUACUCUUAAACAUUUGCACAAUGAUAAAGAAAAGAAAGUGAUGUUACGUCAACUAGAUGCCGCUUUGCCCGGUGAAAAACGUUAUUUAACUGUAAGUAGUCUAUUGUAUAGUUUAUUAUUCAUUUGUAUUGGUUUUCCAAUUUGGUUCGUGACAACAUCAACAUAUCGUGCCUCAUUGCCUGACAAAGAAAUCGCACAAUUAUCUCAAGAGCAAAUAGUUUUAAAGCGUUCAUUUCAUUUCUAUAUUCAUCCAUCAAUUAAUGACGAAUUUAUUCAUGAAUUAAAACAACAUUCAUUUCGCAUUCCGUCAACAUCAUCCAUCGAAAUUAAACUUGAUGCAAUAAUUCAUCGCCCUGAGCAAUGCGUAGAAGAUAGUAACCACUUAUAUAUUGGUACAUAUUCUUCAUGUUCAAAUUCUAUCGAUGCUAAUCUUACAUUAAUUAAUGAAAAAUUGGGUUUCACCGAACAAUUGACGUCAUUUCAAACAUCCUCACGCUAUGAAUUAUCGUUCUGUCUCAUUAAUAACGAAUAUACAAACACAGAAUAUAAUCUAGAUGUAUCAAAAUUUCAAUCAAAAAUUAAUUCAACAAUCGUCCCGUAUGUUCAAGAAUACUUUCGUCAAUCAUCAAUUGAUAUUGAUAUUUCAACUCAAGUCAUUUAUUACACAAAAAACUUGCCUGGUCAAAUCAUCGAUAAACAUCAUACAAUCCAUUCGAAACAACUUCCAUUUUUUAUCAAUCAAUUAGAAGGAUAUUUGCAACGAGGUGCUAUUGAGCAGUAUCGUCAAAAGAUCUAUUUUAUUUUAUAUAUGCCUAAUAAGAAAGAGACACCGAUUAGAAUUGGCGAUCAGACAACAGUUAAUCAAAUAUUACACUCAUUUCUGACACCAAAAUGGGGAGGAAUCGUUUUCUUCAAUAAACAAAGUAACACUGAUGAAGAAGUUGAAAAUAAAUACUUACAUCAAGUCAUGAAUAUAUUUUUGCUGCAAUUACAAGAAUUAUUAGGUUUAAUACCACCAAAAAACGAACGUGCAGACGAUGGCAAUAUAAAUGAUUGGUUAUUCAAACGUUCUGUUGAAAAUUUCUCUGUUGGUCGAAAAACGUUAUUAACAUUAUCCGAAUUAUUACAAUCGAUUCAAAAUAUCGUUAUUACUUUAGACAUUGCACAAAAAAUAGAACAGUCGGUUAAAUUAUUAAAAUUAUGUGAAGAGAAAUUAUUAUCAUCAAAUAAUGAUUUAAUAGAUGAAGCUCAUGGAUAUUGUCAAUCAGGACGACUACUGGCUGAUCAAGUAUUUUUUGAUCAAAGUUUAUUAAAAUUAUUAUAUUUUCCAGAUGAUCAAAAAUUCGCUAUUUAUAUACCUCUAUUUUUACCUGUUGGAUUACCGCUAGCAUAUAGUUUAUUCAAUGAUAUAAAUCUCAUUAUUAAAGCUUACAAAAAUCGGCACAAUCCUAUUGCAAUUACUCCUGAAAUAAGAUAA